AUGGAACUCCUGGUCACCGCCCCUGAUGAUGUCAAGCUGUGGACGGCCCUGCUGGGCCUGCCUCUCUUGCUGGGCAUAUGGUUCGCCGCCCGUGGGUGCCGCUGCCGCCGAGGCCGCACGCUAGAACCUGUGGAGGGGCCAGACCCCGAUCCAGGGCAUGACCAUGUGCAGCGGCUAGAUGCACUGAUAGCAGACGCCAGGAGAGCACUUGCGGACCUCCUUGAAGCUACUAUGGCGGCGGUCCAGGAAGGCGUAGGCAGCAACUUCACGGCUGCUGUUAACAGCGCCUUUGAGGACAAGCUGGCGCAGCCCCUGAAAGUUACCCUAGACAAGCUGGGGAAGGUGGUUGGUGCUAUUCAUGGGCUGACCAAGGAUGGCUUCCCGGAGGCCAAGCAAGCAGUGCUGACAGGAGUUGAGCAGCUCCGCACGCUCAUCUCUGAUAACCACACAGCCCACUCAGUGGCCGUUGACUCCGUGGCCCAGACCGGCAAAGACAUGAUGGAAAAGCUGGUGGCGAUGGGCAG